AUGAUAUGUUCAUUUAGCUUCUCACUGCAGUUGAUCAUCAGCUAUAACCAGCUGCAGUGCCUGGAGUCUGGCGCGCUGCGCGGUCUCAACUCACUGCGCAUCCUCAGUCUCCAUGGCAACCAGCUGUCGCGCAUCCCAGACGGCUCGUUCAGUCCGUUGACGGCCAUCACCCACAUAGCGCUGGGGUCGAACCCGCUGUACUGCGACUGCAAGCUGCGCUGGCUGGCCGCCUGGGUGAAGAAGGACUUCCGCGAGCCGGGCAUCGCUCGCUGCUCGGCGCCCGCCCGCAUGAGCAACAAGCUGGUGCUCACCUCGAAGCAGGACGAGUUCGUCUGCACCGGCGGGCCCGUGCCGGACGCCAUCUUGGCCAAGUGUGACGUGUGUCACGCCCAGCCGUGCCGCAACGGCGGCCAGUGCCGGGCCGGCCGCGCACGCACCUUCACCUGCCGCUGCGCGCUCGGCUUCUACGGCGACACGUGCGAGCAGACCAUCAACGCCUGCUACGGCACGCCCUGUGCCAACGGCGGCACCUGCAAGGUGGUGCAGGAGGGCCGCUACAGCUGCCACUGUCCGGACGGCUUCUCGGGCACGCACUGCGAGGUGAACGUGGACGACUGCGCCGGCCAUCGGUGCUCGGAGCACGGCCAGUGUCAGGACGGCGUGGGCCGCUACUGGUGCCGCUGCCAGCCCGGCUACACCGGGGAGUUCUGCGAGCGUCGUAUCGAGUUCUGCACGGUGUAUAACCCCUGCGCCGCCGGCUCCACGUGCAAUGACAAGUCUACAGACUACACUUGCACCUGCCCGCCGGGCAUAUCGGGAAAGAACUGCACCGACAACGUGAACAAUUGCGCCAGCAGUCUCUGUCAGAACGGCGCCACCUGCGUGGACGGCGCCGACAGCUACUCCUGCCGGUGCGCGGCCGGGUUCGCCGGCCAGUUCUGCGAGCAGGGGCCGUCGAUUGCGCUCAUGCAGCAGACGUCACCGUGCCAGCAGAACGAGUGCAAGCACGGCGCCUGCUUCCUGCCGCGCGACUCGCAGGAGUACCGCUGCCGCUGCCAGGAGGGCUACACAGGCAAAUACUGUGAGCACCUGACCAGCCUGACGUUCGCGCACGCGGACGCCUACGUGGAGCUGGACCCGCCCAAGUCGACACAGCACAGCAACGUGACGGUGCUGCUGCGCAGCCGACAGAAGAACGGCGUCGUGGUGUACCGCGGCGGCCGCGAGCACCUGGCCGUGGAGCUGUUCAAGGGCCGGCUGCGCGUGAGCUACGACCUCGGCAACUCGCCCGGCUACACCAUGUUCAGUCUCGGGGUACUCUCCGACGGCCGGCCGCACAAGGUGGAGAUGCUCACCGACGGCGCCAACUUCACGUUCCGCGUCGACGGCGGCCUGACGCGGCCGAUCGUGAACCCGUCCGAGCGCGGCGCGCUCGACCCCGCCGCGCCGCUCUUCAUCGGAGGCCUGCCGCCCGAGAAGGGCACCUUCGCCGUGCGCCACUGGCAGCUGCGCAACACCACCAGCUUCAGAGGUGCGCUGUACGGCCGGCAGAUGCCGGCUGUGGAGGAGGGCGGGGUGGCGGGGGCUCGCCGCUCGCUUUGCGGUGUCUGA